UGACGUAUAAUCUAGUGGACGGGACGUUCCUUCAACAACAACAGCUAGUCAGACACCUCGGUAGCUUGCUAGACAACAAAGCCGAAACAUUAAAGCUAUUUAGACUGCUCCGGUGUAUUACUAGCUAUGUUUUAAACACACUUCUGUCGUGUCUACUUGUUAUCCCAUUUAAUGUAAUAUUCAUGCCUACGUUGUUAGUUACCGUAGUCAUCUACCUGUCUGGUUAAGUUAGCAGUAGCUCCAGGCUAAUCGUUAAUGCUAACUAGUUAGCUAGAUAACAUCUCCGACCAUGAGUUCACUGAGCUACUCUCCUCCUGAUAAAGAAGAGGGGGUCUGCUGUUCGGAGAAAGAGGGUCUGUGGCUGAACGUUGUUGUGAAAGAAGAGAAGGAAGAGGAGGAAGUCUCGGUAAAAAUAGAAGUAGAGGAUGAGGCUGUUCCAGUGAAAGAAGAGGAAGACGAGUUCAGAGUAAAAGAGGAGGAAGAUGUUACAUUAAAAGAAGAGGAAGAGGGGGAGGAUGUUACUGUGAAAGAAGAGGAAGCAAAAGAGGUGAAUGCAGUUUUUGGAGUGAAAGAGGAGGAGGAUGAGAUUACCGUUACAUUGGGGGAGGAGGAACAAGAAGAGAAGACCGGAGAUCUGAUUAACACCAGAGAGAGACCAGACUCUCACUCUGACAGCGGGAAGAGUCCUUCAGGGGAACCAGACCCAGAGACGCCCAAACCAGCAGGAAAACACCACUGUUCCCUCUGUGGAAAGAGUUUUACUAAGUUAGGCAACCUGAAAGCGCAUGAGAUAAUACACACAGGAGAGAAGCCUUACCACUGCUCCCAAUGUGGAAAGAGUUUUACCUGGAUAGGGAACUGGAAAACACAUGAGAAAAUACACACAGAAGGGAGGAAGACUUUCCACUGCUCCCAAUGUGGAAAGAGUUUUACCAAGUCAGGGUCCCUGAAAAUGCACGAGAGAAUACACACAGGUGAGAAGCCUUACCACUGUUCCUAUUGUGAAAAGAGUUUUAGGUGGUUGGUGACCAUGAAAACUCACGAGAAUACCCACACAGGAGCAAAGCCAUACCAAUGCUCCCUGUGUGGAAAGAGUUUUACCCAGCUAGGAGGCCUGAAUAGACAUGACAGGACACACACAGGAGGGGAUAAGACCUACCACUGCUCCCAGUGUGGAAAGAGAUUUAACCGGUUAAGGCAUCUGAAUAAGCAUGAAAGAACACAUACACAGGAGGAGAAGACAUACCACUGCUCUCAUUGUGGAAAGACAUUUUCCCAGGCAGAGGACCUGAAAUCACAUGAGAGAAUAGAGAGGCUGUGUUCUGACUUGUGUUUUUGACCUGAGAAUGUGUUUUUGUUUAUGGGCCAUUCCACUGUAACGGAGUGAUGCUGAGACUCACGUUUCCACUUUAAAAUGUAUGCCAAGAAAGAAACAUUGAUUGCAAAGUUUAACAAACAAUACACCUACAGUACCAGUCAAAAGUUUGGACACACCUACUCAUUAAAGGGUUUUUAUUUAAUUUUUGCUAUUUUCUUCAUUGUAGAAUAAUAAUGAAGAUAUCAAAACUAUGAA